AUGGCCGAAGAUUUACUCAACGCUGAGCCGAUCUUUUUCCGAAAAGCUUCAAGCGUCGAUCAGAAGAUUGGUUUUUGUACCGCGUCUCUCAACCAGUCGAUAUUUCGUGUCUUAAAAAGUUCUACGCCAAGCAAGAAAAAGAAAACAAAGAGGUUGAGUGGAGAUUUAACCCCAAAACGCGCUAAAAAAUCGCCUAUGAAUGGGAAUUCGAAGAACGGUAGUAUAGCGCACCUGUUCAAGAAAAACUCUGAAGAACAGAUGGCUCCGAGGACACAAAUCUACUCAUCCACCGGUGCAACUUUGGCUUUAUUACGACAGACUGCCGGAGGAAACGAACCUGUGGCGGCUAAGAAAAAUCAUACGCUUGUUGACUACUCUGACUCUGAGGGUUCUUCGGACGAAGAUGAGAAAAAACCAAUUCUUCCAACACAGAAAAUACGUGAUGGUGGAGGUGAUGCUCCUUCUUCGCUUUUGAUUAAGAAUAAGGCUCAAUCUUCGGAUUGGUUUACACAACCUUUCUUUGAAGCUAAGGAAGAGAAACCAGUGCCAUCUGCUGCACUUUCACCCAAAAAGCCAAAGGAAUCCCCUGCAGUCUCACCCAAAAAGGAAACUUUGAAGCCGUUUUCGAUUUUGAAAACAAAUGGGCAGAGUCAACCGUUGAAGAAGGAAGUUAAUGGGAAUGGGCUCUUUUAUGGACCUCAACUUCCACCAAAGAAAGACUUGCUGUUUGAUGACGAAAAGCCAACACCGUGCACGUCAAAAUUGGUUACACCUAUCCAGAGUUCUUCUGCUCCUAGAUUGGUACCAUCGAACGUAUUAAAACAACAACGUCUCAACAAAUCGUUUGAUGGGCAUAAAGCAACAAACGGUUUAUUACAUUCGAACAAGGAAAAUGGACAUCAGGAACGAAGAUUUCUGGAAAAUGGGAAUGGAGUUGAACGAAGAAAUGGAGAAAUUCCUAACAAACGGAUAUUGGAUCAACGCCAAGAUGGCCCACCACCACAAAGGAAACGGCUUUUGUCUGAAAGAGGCGAGGAAGAGCGAAAACAUCCGAUAAUUGAUCGAACCGUGAUAUCCCAUUGGCGCUGGACUCAAAAUAAUAGAAUAGGACACCGCAACAAAGGGUGCGGAUUGAUUAAUCACGCUAACGACUGCUUUUUGAAUGCGUGCCUUCAAGUGGUGGCUCAUACAGCACCACUGGCAAAAUUCAUCGAGGCUCACGGUGAAAAGCCACGGAAAGGGAUUGCGAGAACUGGUGAUACCGGGUUCAGCAGCCUUUGUGACCGCUCAAUCGAGUCUCAUGCCAGUAAUUUUAAUUUAAGAUGCCGUGAUCCAUGUCUUCUAUGCAUUUUCCGAACCCAUAUAAAUCAAGCCUUUCACGCAAAUGGCGCUUUUGUCAGCCCACUUCUCAAGUUCACGCGUCUUUUUUUCAAAACACACAUAAGAGGGCGACAAGAAGACGCGCAUGAAGCCUUCCUUAACCUACUCGAUGGAAUUGAUGGUAUUGCACUCCCAGGAAUCAAGCCUGCUUCACGGACUUCAAGUAGUGAAAACUUGAAUGAAAUGUCUCAAAAUGCAUCAUCAAAAUCGACGCCCUCUGAGCAAAUAUUUGGGAUGACAGUACGUUACAGAGGCCUAUGCAAACAUUGUGGUAAAGAAUCUAAUGGUUAUGAGAGGCAUCGCGUUUUACAACUUGGGCUUGACAAGUGGAGGAACACUUGUGCCAGUGAAUUACUUCAACGCUUCUUCCGCACCGAGCAACUUACUGAUUAUAAAUGUGAAAAAUGCGGUUUUCGAGGUGCCUAUCUUCGAACAGCACAAAUGUUGCGACCACCAGCGAUUCUCGUGCUUCUCAUCGGGAGAUUUUCAUUCCUCCGAAAAGUGCGCGACCAAGUGCUGCCAAAUACUUUUCUUGAUCUUCAGCCUUUUGUCGUUGAUCAAGGCGGAUAUAGUCAUGGGGAUAAUCGCUAUCAGCUGCGUGGUGUCGUCGACCAUUUGGGAGUAACGCUGGAUAGUGGCCACUAUCGUGCUUUUCAUGUGGAUGUAACCGGACAACAAUGGUUCGAAUUCGACGAUGAAAUGGUCCGUCGUACUGACGAACAGUCGAUGAAACGAGAUGUGGCGAAUGGUUGCUACAUGCUAAUUUACCAUAGAAAAGCAAACUGCCCU